AUGGCACAAACGCACUUCCUACUUCUUCUCUUUGUUACUAUCAUCUCCUUCACUACAACACAAUCUCAAGAAAGAUCACCUCAUGGCCUUGUUUACGAGAACCCAAUGGCAUUCUCACCAUCUGCCUACAAUUUCUUCCACCCAAAAGCAAACCCACCAACAAUUCAAGACCCAUGUGAUGAAUCCAGUUGCGCACCAUUGCCCAUGGCUGCAACUGUUCAAUCGAGCUUAGCACAAGAAAGUGUAGCAAGAAACGUGAAAAGUGGAAGCAAAAUUGGUGCUGGAGGUGUUGCUGCUUUGAUAUUUGGGUUUAUAUUUUUGGUUCUUGUAGCUAUGGGUGCUUAUUUUGUGGUUACAAACCGUAGAACCAACAUGGGUCGAAACAAUAUGGUUUUACCAUCGGUUUGA